UAAUAAUAAUGAUAAAGAUAACGAUGAUGAUGAUAAGGAAGAUGCUAAUGUUAAUGUUGAAAUGGAAUUGACGUUUCGAUGAGAUAUCAAAUCCGGAAAUUUGUGACAUGAUUUAGCAUUAUUCAUUCUCCUUUUUUUUUUUUUUUUAAUUGUCAACUUGUUUUUGUUUUUCAUAUCUAUAUCAGUAUACAGACUUUGGUAUUUAUCCAAAUGAAUCUUCAACGUAGAGGAAGAUCCGUGCUUUGGAAACUUGAAGAGGCGAGGGAGACAGCCACGGCGAGUGGGGUGGGGGGACCGGGCGUGAAGGAAGCACGUAGGAGGAGAACAUUGUGUCUGUGGGUUUCGCCAGAAAAAAAAAGAAAGAAAAGGGACAUUGUCCUCUUUUGGAACCAUGCAUUGUCACAGCACUUAAUGUGGAAUAUGAAGAGAGUUGCAGCCACAUAACAAAAUAAGAAUAAUGGGUUUGGUAAGGCGCAUGCUAGUGUGGUUGGCCUGGUGUGCUGUUCUCACAGCAUCUCUGAAUCUUUUGAUGGUCAGCAGAAUCACCACAGACUCAUUCCAAGGCAGGCACCACCAUCCAAACCCUCUGCCUACCUCAGCAGUGCCGAACUACAGUAGACGAAAGGAUAAAGUUUAUCUACAGGGGGAAGUAUAUGCAGUAAGGGAGGUCCAUAACCCAGAAAAAUAUGAGCUAAAUCGCACAGGGCUGCAAAUGUUGUCCUCAUUAUAUAAACACCUUCCAGCCAUCAGGGUGCAAUAUUCAACUAUUUCCCCACAAGUAAUGGAUAUUGUUCAGAAGUUGAAAAGAGAUAUAACAAGGAGGGGAGUGACAGACGACCCAUGGGAUUUAGCAAGGAAGUGGGCCAAACCAAGGUCAUUGCUUCCGGAAUCAGCUCCUGGAUUAGGAGAUGUUCUAGCUGCCCUUUCUACAGCUCCAAUCACAGCAGCUGAUAUUGGUUACAGAGGAACACAGCUCAAAGUGUCUCUCCGGCUGAAAGGUGGCCAGAUUGUAGUUUUUAAACCAUUAAGGUAUUCUCGUGAUGAGCUCAUUGAAGGUAUUUAUUCAGGAUUUGAUCGGCAUAAUGGAGAAAUAGCUGCAUUCCAUCUUAGUAGACUUUUAGACCUACGAAUGGUACCCCUUACUGUAGGUCGCAACAUAUCUCUCAAAAGACAGAUACUACCUGUUUCAACCAGGAGACUUAGCAAAACAUUCUUCCCAGGGAGAGGUUACACCAAACUACAUAUGACAGACUGGUUCUCCUGAGUGGUGGUGGAAUGUCACAAGCCUUGAAGGAACUCCUGGCCCUUGACCCAAUUGCUCCUGUGCUUGUCGAAGCCCACUUCCGUGCCUUGGACCGACGUGCCAUGCACAUCCUGGCUGCUCUUAAUGCUUGCCGGGAAAGAAAAGAGAAACCACUGCCAGUUACUAAAAAACAUAUCAAAUAAAAAUGGAAAAGUAUAUAAGUUAUAGCCAGGGGAAUCUUUUAGAAGCCACAACAAGAGGAUUUUUUCUUUCUUUCUUUUCCUUUUUUUUUCAGUGGUUUUAUCCAGAUAUAUAAAGUUUAACUAUGGUCAUAUGAAUUUUUCAUAAAUCAGCACACAAAUUAUGCAAUGAAUAAUUAUGCAUUAUCUGAAGUAUAAUGAAGUGUAUUAUUACCUUGCCCUUUUUGAGAUGUUGAUAUACUACUUUCCACCACUUUUGACACUCCCUUGAGUAAGGGUGAAAGUAGUGUAUACCCCAAAUUGAAAUAGAUUUUCUUCCACUCUCUCUGGAGCAUGCUCAGUGUUUGUUAUAAAAUAAUACUUCCCAAUUUUAUGCAUAACCUCUUUCAUAUAAGCUUCACUCUAUGUCAGUAUUAUUUCAGUUGGUUAUUAUAAACACAAGAAAUAACUUUAUACAUUUAAGAGAGUUACUUACACAGAUGUGUUCACUCGUCUCCUGGUGAGUUAAUGUCUCCCGUUGGAGGAUAUGAAGUAUCACUUUGUGUGUGUCACAGGGAAUUUAAUACAAUGUUAGUAGAAUUAAUAAAUUCUCCAAAACUCUUCUGUUUUGGCGUCUGCAUGUGAUCAUGGUUGAUACUGAACUGCGAGUGAAACACAAGCACUCUGGCCAGCAUAAAACACAGUGCGCCCAUGUUUACAAAUCCUGUAGAUUAUCACCAUUAUAUCCCUGAGACAAAGUGUCUAUAGAACCUUGUAAAACAUUAAAGGCUUAUCCCCUCCAGGAUCAACACCACACUCUAGCUUCAAUGGAAUGGGGAGUUCCCCUGAACUACCAUUCCAUCUACCAUACAAUCAUUGGAAAACCAUUUCCAUGGUGUAUAACGGUCUUCUUGGAUCAGGAUUACCUAUAACAUAUCAUUCCAAGACUACUACCAAUAAGUCUGGUCAUUAACAGUAGGAAAGUUCAUUAUAUCAGAGGAUUUUGUAGGUAAUUCUGCUACAUUUUAAAUUUUUAUUUUAGAAUUAUGAUUUUUUAUCAGAGUAACAAAACAUUAGUAAUUCUUCUGGUAUAAUGUAACCAGGGUUACUGUAUGGAAUAUAGUGCAGAAUUUUCCCCUCAACUGUGGUACUUGUCAGCAUCUGCCUGCUUGUGGUAGCGGAUGGGAAUCAAAAAGCCAGUGUCUAACUUGGUUUCAACUACCUUCCAUGCUAAGCUGGCAUGUACAAACUUUUUUCAUUCCUGUAUUCUAUUCAGUCUAUGAUGGUCUGGCUAGUCCUGUGCUGGUUCCUACCGUAAGUCAGCCCAUUGGCUGGGAGGUAUCACAGACCGAGGAAUAGUCCAAUUUUUAUAUAUGGUGUAUGACCAUGAAUUUGAUAUUGGGGUCAAAAAGUUAACUAAUGAGGAGGAAUUCAGUCAGACUCAGACUUAACAAUUUAGCAUUUCCCUUAUUACUUAAUUUCAUUUUCAUGCACACAUUAUUGUUUCUUUUGGUGUUUAACAUGGAUGGUGUGUGGUGGAAAAUGACAAGUAUUUUUUAGAAAAAAAAAAAAUCUAGGAGACUGAUAUUGGUUAUGUGUAGAGUUUUCAUUGCAAAGUGAAUAUAGAGGACAUAGAUGUAGAGGAUAAAUCCUCCCCUCCGCAACACAUAGCUGAGAGCACACCUGUCACAUGCAUGGCAUCUUGUUGCUAUUAAGCAAGAAAUGGACCUCUGGGUGAAGCCUUGGUUUCCUUUCACACUAGGAACUGUAAUAUCUUAUGUCCUUUUGCAGGGGCUAACAAACUCAUUACCAUAUUUUCUCUUUUCAUUCAAUAGAACAGAUAAUUUUUUAAAUGAAAAAUGUAGAUCUUCAUGACCAUACUGAUAUUUCCAUACAGCUUUCUUAUAGAAACUGGUGGCCAAAGAAGCUGAUGAAACAAGGCUUGACAAAGAUAACUUGGCAGUGAUAUGUGUCAUUGUAUAGAAGACCGUCCCCUUAUUAGUGUGGUAAAUUCCAUUUUACUUGUCUGUACAAGGUUGUUUUACAAGAAUGUUAUAAGUAAUAUGAACAAGUAAGGAUAUCUUACAGUUUUCGUGUGAGGUAUGAGAGCAAUAGAGAUAUGGAGAUUUGUAAGAUGACCCUGUCUGUGCUUAAAGUUGCUUUGUAGCUAUGUGCUGAAACUGCAUAUACUAUUAUGCACAUGCAGACAACACACAUACGCAUAUACCAAUUACCUACCUACCUACUUACAAUCUCUCUACCAACCCACCAUCCACCCACCCACCCAAAGCCCACCCACCCGCCCACCAGCCCUACUUACCCACCUACAUACCUGCUUACCUGUAUACCCUACUUGUAUGAUAUUGUUCAUUAGUGCUUUGUAUUUACCAUAGGAUAGAUUCUAGUCUGAGUUUUAGAUAUGUUUAAGGACCACAAAUAUCUGGGACAUUCUUGAUAUAGCCAGUCAGUAUUAGAAAAGAAACCUCAUUUAUUUCAUAAGAAGUUUUUAAGGCUUUCAGAAGGAAAUAUGUUUGCUUGUGAAUCUCUGUUCAAACAGUAAUACAAACAUAGCUACUGAAAGUAAGCACAUUUAAUCCCAACCACUAGAUUUCAGCAUGAUGGUUCCAUGGAAUUCUAAAAGAAAAUCCAUGACAUAUAAUCUGUGGUCAGAGUUAAACCUGCAGGUGUGUACACAGGUGUACAAAACAGAUGAACACUGUGAAUGAUGUGUUGAUUGAUUUGUUAACUCUGUCUUGGAAGGGGCGAAGGUCGGUAUUAGCCCCUCCGAGAUGGUAGAUGAGAUGAAUUAACUUAUCAUUUAUGGUGGUCAUCUGUUAUAUACAUCUGUGAAAUGAGGUCUAUAGAUAGAUUGACACACAGUACAUUGCAUGAAGAUCUGUAUAAUCCAUUGAGAAAAUACAAAGACAUAAUAUUUUUUUUGAGUAGGAAGCCAUAGAUGUUCAAUAUCUAAUUCCAUUAUAUAUUUUCAUUUUUGUUUCUUUCUACUGGAAUCUUAGAACUGUGAAAUAGUCUGCAUAUUUUUAUAAUACUACAUGUAUUUUAGUGUUGAUGGAUUUAGAAAUAGAAAAUGCAUUGUUAUAUUAAAGUAAGCUCUUCAAAUACACAUUUAAAAUUCAUCUCACCAGUGCUUUGUUUAAAAAUUCAGAAUGUUGAUAAAUGCAGUCAGUUUGUAUUUAAUAGACAUUGUUGGUGUUACAUUUCAUUAAUUUUUGUUAUCUCAUACAUAAUAAAAAUACUAGUUCAUAAGAUAAGGAUUUUUUUUUGCGAAGAGAUACUUAGUGCGAGUGGUAAGGAUAAGCAGAUCACCUGCUUUUAUUAAGUGCAUUUGAUGUUGCAUGCACCACACUGGAUUACAGUAUAUGAAAAUUUCUUAAUUUUCUAGAGUGAAUAAAUUUAUUUUGUUUUAUUGUUUUCAAUGUAAAAGAUUUUAUUUUUGGUGCUAAUAAAUUAUAUAAAUGC